AUGUCUACCGUCGACCCCGUCGCCGCCGCCGCCACCGAAAUCGGCAUCGAGAUCGCCGCGCCCCCAAAGUACACUAUCCGCUACCGCAAAGAAUGGGGGCACUCGGUCCACCACCACGUGUCCGUCGACUUCAGCGCCAUCACCCCCGGCGACAUUGGGGGCCUCUACGCCGCGCUCUCUGAGGCUAUAACAGCCGACCUAGUGCGGCGGGAAGGCUCGAGCAAGAGCGGCAAGGGCUUGUCGAGGGCGGUGCCGCGCACGAUGCUCCCGCUCGACUGCGAUAUCAAGGUGGAGCUGUGUAGGCUGCUGGACGAUCAGGGGCGCUUGUAUAUACCGCCGGUGAAGGAGACGAGCGUGUUUAGGCAGAAGUAUGCGCAGUUGCAGGGCGGAAAUGCGACGGAUAAGACGUAUGAGCUGUUGGCGUUCCUGCUGGAUAGGGAUGUGAAGAAAGCAUGGGAGCAUCUGCAGGAUGGGUUGUUCUUUGAGGAGGAGGAGGGGUGGCCGUGGUAUUCGCUGUUGGUGUCGUAUUCGCAUGAAUCGAGACUGGAUAAAGUCGUCAAGCACCAAGGCCGGCUUGUAAUGGCUGAUAUCGACCCGCAGACCUUCUUCCCCCUCCUGGUAUCCCCGCCGCCAACACCGCCAUCAGCAAGCAGCUACGGCCACAGCGGUCACAGCGGUCACAGCGGGCGCGCCGGGCACGCCAGACAUAACAGUCACAGCUACGGUCACGACGGGCACGACGGGCACGACGGGCACACCAGCUACCCUGACCACCCAGUGCUCAUGCACGGGCAAACGCUGCCGCUCGGCGGCGAAAUCAUCGUCGAGAAGGCUAGCAAGCCGCGGCGCACGAAGACGCUGACAGAGACGACGAGCAGCUCAUCGGCCACGGUGAAGCCGCACAGGUCCGAGAAGCCGAGUCGUAGCUCUUCGUAUAAGCUGGCGUCGGCGAAGUAUGCGGAUGUGAAGGCGAAGUCGAGGAGCGCGUUCUCGAUAGGGAGUCUGGUGAAGGCGGAUAGGUGA